AUGGUACAACAUCCAGCUUCGAUAUGUGCAGGUUGUGGGACAGAUCACAUCACUUCAAGCUUCCCUUUGGCUUCUACUCACAUGGGUCAGUCAGCAGAGGUCAGUUAUGCGCAGAACUAUCAGAGGCAAAAUGGAUCUUACCCAUACAACUACCAUCCGGGUUUGAACAAGCAUUCCAACUAUUCGUGGGUGGAUAAUCCAGAUCAAGUAAAUCAGAUGAAGGGAAUUCCACCAAUAGUAGCUGCAUUAGCCAACAGACCACAGGGUACCUUGCCGAAUGAUACAGAGAAGAACCCAUGGGAGCAGGUAUUAGUAGCUGAGGCGGUAAAUUAUGCAACUAUUGAGCUCCCAUCUACCACAUCCACUACUCUUGUCAAAGCUUAUGUGCCACCCAUUCCAUUUCCUCAAAGACUUCAAUGCCAGCCAACAGUAGAGCAGGUUCAGGCCAUCACUACUAGGAGUGGUGUUCAAUUGCCAAAAAUCACUGUAAAGAGGAAGGAGACAGAGAGAACUCAAAUGCCUACUAAAGAUAAGAAACCAAUGGAGCAGUCUGAAGAAACAAUAGAAAAGGACCAACAGACAGUUUCAGACAAUCCACAGCUUAAGGCAAAUAUUCCUAAAACUUCACUGACACCUCUAAUCCCUUUUCCUCAAACGUUACAGACGACCAAAUUGGAGAAGCAAGCUAUGAAAUUCCUGAAAAUCCUCAAAAAGUUGCAUGUCAACAUCCCAUUCAUUGACGCUAUCCUUCAAAUUCCAAACUAUUCUAAAUUUUUGAAGGAGAUGCUGACUAAAAAGAGGAAGAUGCCCGAGCAUAAAAUAAUAACACUAUCUGAAGAGUGCAGCGCGAUCAUCCAGCACAUGAUCCCUCCCAAACUUAAAGAUCUAGGGGGUUUCACUUUACCUUGCUCCAUAGGAAACUUACAAGGUAUUAAUUGUUUAAUUGAUUCAGGAGCAAGUAUUAACUUAAAUCCUUUGCCACUUUACAGGAAAUUGGGAUUGGGAGAUCCCAAGGUGGCUUCUAUCAUCCUUUAG